ACACCGCCUCACAUGUUUAUAUUAUGAUUCCAAGCCACAAAAACAAACAAUAUUCUUUAAAGUUUAAUUCCUUUGCGUUGAGACAUAAGUGAUUAAAAUGGAGGCAAAACGUUCUUCAGCCAAACCAAAACAAAAUUUAGAGGCAUUGCUUAGAUUGGCUGUGGAAAAUUCCGGAAAAGAUGAGGAUGUGCCAAGCACAAACCCUGUUCAAACGGAUGUUAAGCGAAAUGAUUUCCUUCAGAACGCUCUUAAAGCAAUGACAGGCGAUGAUUUUGAAGCAGCUUUGCUAAUUUUAAAAAGUCAUUCGACCAGCCUUGAUCAAAAAUUGGAUAGUUUGGAUUUAAUACGGGAUAAGAUUGAUGACAUUGAUCUGGCCAACUCGUUUGUAAAAACCGGAGGCAUAAUUAUCUUAUUGCAGUAUAUCAGAUCCCCAGAUUAUAAUUUGCGACCGCAAUCCAUUUACAUAGUGGCCGAAAUGGCACAAAAUAACGAAUUUUGCCAGAAUUAUUUUUAUAAUGAGCGUAUAAUACCUGUACUUACCUCCACUAUGAAUGAUGCCGAUGAACAUGUAGCUCGAGGAUCUAUUUUUGCUAUAUCAUCAUUGAUACAAAACUUUCCACCUGGGCUGAAUGAAUAUCUGCGCAUAAAUGGAGUUCAGCAGCUGGUGUCGUGCUUAAAAUCUACCCAUAAAUCAGUCUACAUAAAAGCGGCAUUUCUUAUAGGAUCAUUAUCUUCUCGUGAGAGCUCAGUCAGAGAUCUUAUUAACAAACACAACGCAGCCUCAAUUUUGUUGAAUAAUCUGGAGAAUAAAGAUGAAUAUGACGACAAGCUUGAUGCUACCUUAAACGCUCUUUCUGCUCUUUCCUCAAGUUGCAAAUGGAGCAGUACUCAAAAUCAAAAUGCACAGGCCGAGACUAUACUUAAGCAAAUAGUUAGUAAUAAAAUCUUAUUGGAUACUUGCGAAGAGAUGGUUAGCCUUGCGCAGAAUAUUUUGAAGAAUAUGACAAAAAAAUAAAUCAGUCCUAGAUUUUGAAGAAAAAUUAUUGGUUUUAUACCAUCCGCAAAAACUACAAUCACAAUUAAAGGAAUCAACGUAAUUGAUGCUGUUUAUCGCCAACUCUACUGCUUUUAAAACGGAAAUAAUAUUUUGUUAAAAAUCGUUAAAAAAUAUUAAUAAAU